GUUGUGCAACUACCUUACGUGGAUAGCCCGCCCGCCUCCGGGACUCGCUGCUAAAAAAUGAAGCAUAUCUACUGCUGUUGAGCUAACUCCACCAGUAGUUCUUUCAGUUCGUUUUUCUUGCACACCUGUCCGGCUACAAACACCGGAAACUUGCUAGAAACAGGUUAAAUGCCCUUAUUGUUUAAAGUCACCCACAGCGGAAACAUUACUAAGUUGGAAGUUUGCAUGUUUUUGUUUCCAUGUCUUCUAGGAAGCGUAAAAGGCUCUCCAAAGACAUAAAGUGUCUUUUGUUUCCGACGGAUGCUGUUGAAAGUGGUCCUCAAAAAAGGGAGAGGGAAACUACAUCACUUCUGUCCUCCAGAAGUUGGGCAACAUGCGGGGACAGUUUUUUGGGGACCCCGAAUCUUCAGUCAGGAAAAAAGCUGUCUGUCAAAAGGAAGUUGGCUCAGAGUCCUGCUUUAGUGCAGAGCAGUGCUGAUGAUGAGGACCCGGAGGAUAUCGCCUGGAGUUCCACUGAAACUGAAUCGUCUGAUGAUGAGAGUCAGGUGCAGCAUAAGUCCAAAGUUGCUUUGCAGCACAGGCCGCGACCUCCAAUGCCAAGAAGACCUAAAGCUCUGAUUCAGUCUUACACCACUGCUCUGAGCAUGCUCACUAAUGAGAAAGAUGAUCUUCCUGUUAUAGAAACAGACAGCGAUCUGGAUCAGUCCGAGGAAGAUGAUGAAAAGGACAGUGGGCAGCAAAUUUCAGACUGUGGGUCGGAGUCCGCUGAUGAAAACACAAAUGUUUGUCCUCUCGAUUCUGAACAUAUGAAAGAGCUAGAGAUCUCAGGUUAUGUGUCUGAUGGAGACGAUCUUGGCUGUACGCUGACAUCUCGCAAACUGGACUCCGACGUCUUUUCUCUCCAAUCUGGAGAGGGCAGCAAAAGGUCUGUCCGUGACUGGCUGACAUCUGCGCAGGCCAUGCUGCAGACGCCUAAAAAACCAAUGGACAGACAGUUCAAAACACCUGAAGACUCUACCAAAAAGAAAAGAAAGUUUAAAAGUGGAGGUCUGGCAGAGAGGCUGAACCGACUUCAGUGCAGGCAGGGGUCAGCUAUCAGUUUCUGGAGACACAAGUCCAUCUCUGACACAUCAGUAGCAGCAGCCACAACAGUGGACAGGCCUGGUGUGCUGGUGCUGGAGGUCCAUGAGGAGUCCAGCAUGCAACUGGCGCACUGCGAGCACCAGCAGCCCCCCCAAGACGGCCAGCAGCAGAAAAACGCUGUCUCCGAGGAAACCACUCGGAUGUUGGUGUUGUUCAACAGAGAGACGGCAGCUCAGCUGAUUCCUGCACCUGGAGAUGUCAUCCACAUAUACCCACCUUGGCAAAGUCUGUCCAUAGAGGGCUUCCUCUGUUCUGUUAUCCUGAACACUCACUUCAGCCAGAAAGUGUCAUCUGCUUCCAAACCAGAUGAUAUGUCCUUACCAAAGAUCUGGCUGUCUGCAGAGAGGCGCUUGCCUUAUUUUUUGGGUCAGACCUUUGGAUUGCUAAAUGAAUGCAAGACCAAAAGUGAAGGCAGAGCAAAGCAGGAUGCAGUUUCUGAUGUUCUGUGCACUUUUGGAACGAGACCCUGUCUCUCCCUCCUGGAGGCCAUUGAAGGACUUGGCCAGGCAGGCAAUGUGGACCAGGAUGUGGAUGUGGUUGUCCAAAGAGUUUACUCCAUCCCAAUGGCAGACUGUUCCCCUGUGUCCUUUCUCAAACACAGAGCAUCCCUUCGGUCCUCCAUACCUCCUCCUCCUGCAGAGAAAGGAAAAACCAGGUUAUGUGUUCUAGUCCAGGAUAGCUUUGGGAUUUUCAGCGUUGUCAGACUCCAGCCUCUGUCCAGUAAAGACGAGCUCCACCAGUACUGCCAGAUGUGGCAGGGAAGAACCUGUGUGCUGAGGGGCGUUAAAGUGGUGCAGCGGGUCACUCGAGAAAGGCACUCCAGGCUUUUCAGCUUGAUAGACAGUCUGUGGCCCCCAGCAACGUCUCUGAAAGAUCAUGGAAACUCGCUUAGUAUGCUAAAUGAAAUCAGCUCUCCAGGUCUACCUCCAAGUUUCUGCUACCUGCUGUCGGGUCAUCAGAGGUCAGUAGAGCCCAAAGAAGGGCAAACCGUUUCACCACUCUACCUUCACCCAGCAAGCCGGACCCUACGAGACAUACUGCAUAGUGAGGCCAAAUCCUGUCGCUGCAGUUUUAUUGCCACGGUUUUACACAAAAGAAUGCAGAGCACUGAUGUAGGCCAUGGGGAGGUGUGGUUGGUGCUGACAGACCCCAGUCUUCAGGAGGAGCAGCCCGAGAGGCCAUGCAGGCGAACAGUGGCUCUGUGUGUGAGCACUUCCUGUGUGCUCACUUCCUCUGUCCUCGAAGCACUGAAUUCCCCUGCCGUCUGUGAAAUGUCGUUCAGAGAUGCCAUCAGAGAACAUGGUGUGCUCCUCUGUGCGGAGCAGUCUGUCAUUGAAGUGUCUUCAGUACAACACAAGAGUAGUUUUGAGACCACCACAAGGCAAGACUCAUGUUCCAGCUCUGAGCUCCAGGUGAAGACUCUGCCCCAGCCUCUGAGACUGGAUUCCUUGAGUUGGGAGGCCACACCCAAUUCCCUCUGUAGUCUCACAGGGGUGAUCGUUGGUGUAGAUGAGAAUAAAGCUUAUUCUUGGCCAGCUUGCAAUCUCUGUGGAAGUGACAGGUUAGAGGUGUCAGCAGAAAAGCCUCAAACCUUCCACUGCAUUUCCUGUAAAUCGACGUUGGACAAGCCGGACACAAAGGUUCAGCUGGAGGUUUUCCUCAGCUCCUCCUCGUUGAGCAACUGCACCUUAAAAGUUAAGCUGCAGCAAAAGACGAUCACGUCGAUCCUGAACACGCCCGUGCUGGAAAGCAGUGAGCUCCAAGGGUACGAUGUGGAGAGCGUCUUGGGAAAAGAGGUGGGUCCCUUGGCCGUUUAUGUCCGAGUCGUCACCAGGAAGCCUGCCCUGUGGAUGGGCCUGGAAGAGAUCUGCCUCCAAGCCUGCUGAUAGCAAGCCUCAGACUUUGACUGGCUCCAGCAAUCUGCACACUGGGCCUUGGUCUGAGCCAGUUUAUCCUCCACUCCCCCUUCCGAAGGCCUCCUCUGACAGCUUGAGGCUGUUCUGAAGAGAAGGGGGCUGCAAAAAGACAAGGUCUUGUUUGUGUUAAUGAUAUGUGAUCCUGUGCAGCAGGAGUUGACAGCCCAAGGGUAGACCAGUGGCAUGCAGGCUGUCAAACCAGCCCAUGUGGAUCAUUAACUGUGAAUGAGUCUGAGUUUUGACUUUAAAAUAAUUAUUUUCAAACCAUUCUACCUCUGUAUUAAAAAAAAAAACAAACAAACACUGACUCUGUCAAUAAAAUGACUUGUUUUUGCUGA